CGUCGCCGUUAGUGCUCACUCGCCGCAGAACGUUCCGAGCGUUUCGUGUCAACUACGUGCUGUAGUGGAUUUUUCCAUUCGUGACAGAAAACCGAGAAAAAAACCGUCAGACCCGCGUGAAUUAGGUCAGCGCAGCCCAGUGGAAGUAGAAAGCCAUCCGUGAGCCAUCCGAGACAGUUCAAGUCCAGUGAAAAGUGCAAAAGUUUCUGUGUCGCCCGUGACAGCCGCCCCCAGUUCGAUCCAAUCAGAUUCCGCGAUCGUUGCGUCAGAAAACCGUUUUCCAGCUCCAUCGCGUGAGGAAAUUGCGUUUCAGUAAAUUUCCGCGAAAGGAAGAAUUACCGGGGACCGGCUGCCGCCCAGCACAAUCCAAAGUUUCGUCGCGUUCAGUCAUUUUCGGUGCAGUUUGUGUUUUGUUUUCGAGAAGUUUCGCACCCGCCCUAGAUUUGUCCAUUUGCGCUCCCUCGAGUGUUUCAUAACAGCCCGCAGCGACCGGCGGUGCCUAGCGCGAGUUUGGCGAGCCGGACGAGUUUGGUCGAUAAAAAUAGGUAAGACACCACCUCUGAUCCCUCAGCGAACAACGGGCCCGUCCAAAACAGCAGCCAUUUGACGGCAAAGAGUCGCGAAGCCGGAGCAGAGCGGGCGAUUUCGCCGGCAGGACCAUGGCGCGGAGUCCCAAAAGCUGGGAGGACCUCAACCUGACCCGGGACGAGGUAGAAAACAUGACAAAGGCCUUCAAGGAUGAGACGUUCAAGAAGAUGUUCUUCGACUACUGCGAGGAGAUCCAAAGCCCCGAGAACCGCCGCAUCUUCCAACAGGAACUGACACAGCUCGAGGCGGAGCGCGGGGUGGACAUCACGUUCAUCAACCCGGAGCCCGGGUUCGUGGCAAAGACCUCUGUCGAUGGGACCACCAAAGCGUUUGUGAACAUCGCCCAAAGCGACAAGGUCGAGCGCCCGAAGAGCAAUCCCCAAAUGGAUCACGCAACUGGGAAGAAGGGCCUCAUGUGGAGCAUUCCCCUGUCCCAGGCGCCACCCCGGAAGGAUUUCGACAAGAAGGGUGGAUCUUGCAUGGUCUUCGACGUAGUCUUUCACCCGGACGCCCUCCGGAUGGCAGAGAAGAACGCCGCCUUCAAGAAGCAUCUGGUUGAGACCGCAUGCGAUGCCGUCGAGCGCGAGCACAAAGUCAAAUUAGACCGUGCCAACCUCAAGUUCCCAAAAAUUGCAUUCAAGGGCGUCGCCCAGCCUACUGUGAUCCGCAAAAUGUCCGACAAAGCCCCGGAACCUCAAGAACCCAGCCCCAUUGACGAUCUUCUGCCACCGCUCCCGAAAGAGUCGGGAAAGCCCAAGUCCUUCACCUCCACCUCGCCCAAAUCCCGCCCCAAGUUGGACGACUACACAACGCCGCAAUUUGUGAUAAAACACCGUCGAGCCGUUGACUACUCGGAAAUGACUUUCGAGCUCGACGCCAAGCUCAACGUGACCAUUCCCAGGGAACUAGUCGUGGAAAUCUCACUGCCCCUGCUGAAUUCCACGUCCGAGUGCAACUUGGACGUCACCGAAAGGAAGCUCUACCUCAAGAGCACGCAGCCUGCCAAGUACAAAUUGAACGUGGACCUCCCCUUCCCAGUGAACGAUAAAGAAGGUUUCGCGAAGUUCGACAAGACUACCCGCAAGUUGACUGUCACGCUGCCCGUGGUAAGUGACGCGAAAGAGCGGACGCUGAAAGAUCUGUACCGCGAAGACAGCGGUGUUGAGAGUGAUGUGCGCGACGACAGCGGUAAUGUGUCCCCUAGUCCCGAAGAUAACCCCAAAGUCAUCGAAUUGCCCUCAGUGAGCGCCGAGAUGUCUCCCGGGAACAGUGCGUCCAGUGAUCCCGACCCCAUUCCGACCGAGGCCCCGUUUUUGGACCCCAACAUUGAGUACAACUUCCCCCCAAAUUUCGACUGCAACACGUUGGACGACAACCUUGCCUUCACCUUGCAUGUGAAAAACGUCCAGCCGGACUCCAUUGAGCAUGUCAAGACCGAGAAUUCUGUGCAUGUGAAGUUCUCUACGGUAGGAGCCGGGUUCUAUCCCGUUUUCUAUGCUUUUUACGUCCAAUUCCCAUCGAACUCCAAGGCCACAAUCCGCGAAGUUGACAUCGAGCCGUGGGAUAACAACGUCAUUGUCAACCUUGCUCUGGCCGACUAUGAGGGCCUCCAGUCCUACCAAGCCGGACCGAAUACCGCAUCCCUCAAAGACCACCCGAUCACUGAGGACUUCGUGGUCAACCCGAACAAGUUUAAUCUUCUCCAGGAGAAGGACGAGCUCGAAGUUUCUGUGAAACCUCUUCCCGACACGAAUCAUAUUGAGAUUGAAAUCAAGUCCUCACAGGAUUCCCUAAACCAGCCUUCCCCGACAGAGAGCAGUGGCUCCAAGCAAACCCACCCUUCCGGAGCGGCUAAGAAGCAUAAAAAGAAGAACAAGAAGCGACGAUCGCUUUCCGAAUCAGCCUGUGAUGAAUUCAAGUCCAUUGAGAUAGUCUCCGAGGGAGACACGAUCGCGGACAUUCCUGCGGACAACGGUGACUCCUCUACGGAGCGGCGGAAGCUCCGAAGCUUAUCCGAGUCGCGCGGUAACGACUCGACGAUCUCACCCUGCCAUAAGGGAAUCCUGAAAUACCGAAGCCGGUACGAGCGCAGCAUGUCGGAAAGUUGCUCCUCCUUCGACGAACAUUCCUCGUUCUCGUGCUCCGUGGAGUUUGGUGGCAUCGGAUCCUUCGAUGAUAUCCCCGAGGAGGGGCGUGAUGACUGUGCAGGACUGUCGGAGAGUUGCAAGAAGACUGUUAGGUUUAGUGACGUGAUCAAGAGACAGCUGUUCCGCUUGGACUCGAGCAUUUUGGGCCAAAGGAAAAAGAAUCAGAAGAAGAAAAGUCAGAAAUUGCGUGCCCGGCAGAGACGUAACAGCGAAGGAGAUUCGAUAGACGAUGAUGAUAAGUCCCCUCGCAACGAGUCGAUAAUUCAGAAAAAAUCAUCGAAGCACGAUAGUGGCUUGGACUUGUCGGUAGAGGAGAAAUCCAUUGAGGAUUCCGAUGAUCACUCCGAUCACGACGGCACUAAGAACGGUCUAAUGUUCGAUAUGGAAAUCUAAAUCAAAGACAUAAGAUUACAACGAAAAGCGCUAUGAAUCCGCGAAAUCAAUUCUUUUUAUGAUAUCGUCGUUUUUAUAUGAUCGCAUCACAAAUAAUAGAUAUAAUAAGAUUCGUGGUCUUUCAUAGAUUCACCGCGAAACUUCUAAAUUGAUGAUCCAGUGAAAUUGUGCUAAGGAAUUUUCCACAAUUGUUUAUCAAAAACCGAAUAUUGUAGUUUAGUGAUUAGAGAGAAACUUAUACACUAGAACUUAGUCUUUCAUGAAUCGUAUUUAACAACUUUAUCGUUUGAUACAUAAUCUCCCACCUUGAAAAACAGAUUAUUACUCUGUCCAAAAAAUGGCUACAACUGCUGCCUCCUUCUAGAUGGAGGCACGACAACUGAUUUUUGUAUGAUGAAAUGUUUUAUUCACAAAUUUCCAAACACUCGAUCUUAACAUGCUUUUUUACAAAUGCAAUGCAAUCUUAAUUCUGAUUCUUAAUUGAAGUCAAAAUCUACUUAAAACACACUCCCCAGUGAAAAAAUUAAAUGUCCUGAAAUGAACCUGAAGUUUAAAGGCUCUAAAUUGUUAACACCUAAUCGGGAAAUUGUAGUUUUACUAUAUUCGCAUCUACUUUUCUUUGUUCUUGCUCAAUUCGGAAGUUUCCUUUCGUAGCCUCAUAUACAAAUCUUUUUGAGAUCUAAGGAAGAUAUAUGUAUUGGAAAACCAAUUGUUUAGGGUAUUUGAAUGUUCCUUGCACGUUUGCAAUAUGUAAAAUUUAUUCUCUGUUGAAAUUUACACAUCAAAGGUAAAAUGAUGAUGUUGGAUAAAAAUAUACUUCGUUAUCUACUUAUUUGGAGAUCUUCAGUCAUGUUUAUAUGCAUUUUGGGUAUUGAAUAAAAUGAGUAAUAAUACAUAAAA